AUGGUGCCGACUCCUAGGUGCGACGUGUUCAUAAACCACCGGGGAGUGGACACGAAGCGCACGGUGGCGGAGCUGCUGUACGACCGGCUGGCGCAGCACAAUGUGCGGUCCUUCCUGGACAACCGGACCAUGGAGCCAGGGGACAAGCUCUUCGAAACCAUCAAUGCCGCUAUCCUCCAGUGCAAAAUCGGCAUCGCCAUAUUCUCCCCUCGUUACUGCGAGUCCUCCUUCUGCCUCCACGAGCUCUCCAUGCUGGUCGAGUCCUGCAAGAAGCUCAUCCCCAUCUUUUGCGACGUCAAGCCUUCCGAGCUUCUUCUUACCGACAUUCACUGCAGGUCCGAGACGCCCGAACAGAUCGACAGAUUCAAAAUGGCUCUUCAGGAGGCCAAAUACACGGUCGGCCUCACGUUCGACUCCCAGAACGGGAACUUCGCCAAUCUUGUAUCGAGGACUGCAGAGAUCGUACUAAAGAACAUAAACCAAGGAAGCAGCCGUCGCUGA